AUGCCUAAACGUCCCGUAACGCCGCCUCCCGCAGACGACGAGCCCCGCUAUUUGACUGUCGUGCAUCCAUACCCUCUCCACGCGAGCAUGGAGCGCGAGAGCGACCGCAGGGCUUUCGUCUAUUGGAUGGCCACCUGCAUCGGCAAGGAUGAUCUCUAUGCGUUCUUUCAUAAGCCAAAGUCGCCGAACAUGGUCAUAAUCGAAGUCAAUCGCGACUUCCAAGGCCUUCAGCGCGUCCUGGGUGAGCACAGAUGGGCCGAAGUUUUGAGAAAUCCUUCCGAGGAGGAGAAGAGUAAGGUAUCAAAAGUGUUUUUCUGCAAGUAUCGCUCCGGACGUGAGGUAGAGAAAAAUGGCUGGAAGCGUGUCUUCAUCCAGGAUAACUGGUACGAGACUCCCGAAGGGAUGGCAAGAUGGCGCGCUAUCAAUGAUAUCACCGUCCAUCCAUAUCCACAGACCUAUCGAUGCGAAGUGCCCGUAGAGGACAGGACUAGAGAGCCGCUAUGUCGUCCUCUGCCCGUCCGAGACUUCCCGCCUCCGCCUCCUACCCGUCCCCUGACAGUCGGCUCUGUUGCAUAUUACAAGAGCAAAACAGAAACCAAGGUUCCUGGUAACGCGUGGGCUUCAGGUGUUCCCUUGUCGCUGCGUUCGUCCAGCCCUGCAGCGUCUGGCUCGACCAUGACAGCUCGAACCAGCGACGGUACCGGCGUCAGUCUGGGCGUCAGCAAUAUGAAUGCCUGGAGUCAGAACACAAUGGGUUAUUCGCCAGGCCCCACUUUGCCCCCUGGUCUCUUGAUCCCGCCGGCUGUGAAUGUAUCUCGUUCACCUGACGGCUCCGCCGCAAAUUCGCUCGCCAGCUCGCCUGGUGAUGACUGGCACGUACCUCCGGGACUCGUACGUACUUCUAGUAAAGUCUCCAGCUCAGGUGAAAGCGAGGAAAUUGUUGAGCCUGCCUCGGCCUCAGAGGGCAGCUCCGUGGUGAUCGUCGAAGACCUGGCCGACGCCAUGCAAGGACUUCUGACCAACGACGGGAUGCCCGUGGCAUUUGAAGAGCAAGAAGCAAUUCCUGAUGGGAUCGAAGUUGAUUUAUGGGCGGAAGACCCGGUCGUUGCGCCUGCGACGCCCGAUGAAACUGUCUGGCGUUGUCCGACCCACUUCGAAUUAUGCAAACGAAAAUUAUGCACGGAGUACGGAGCGUGGGCAAGAGCUCAGAACAGGCUCAAGCAGCAGGCCGAUCGGGAAGCUAAAGCUAACAAGCCGGGAUCCAAUGGCAAAUGGCGCACUGGAGGGCGAGGCCCAGAUACAGACUCGAGCUCUGCCAACAAGCCCGGCUCCUGGCGCUCGAAUACCGGGCGCACUCGCGGUGUCCCUCCUGCGAAGCGGGGCCCCAUCCCUGCCCGCCCCGCACAACUGCAGCCGCGCCCCACGGCGAAUGCAUCCUCUAGCCGAGCUUCACCCAUCACAUCCUCUGCCCCUGCCUGCUCGGCGAACAGUGUGCCGCCGAGACCGGCACACCUUGCGCGACGACCUCCCAGUCCGCCGAGCCGCGAGGCAUUGCCCAGUCCGCCGCCCGCCGCUCCAACACACACGAUCCCGCCGAAGCCGGCCAGGUUCAACAAGAAGCCCGCUGCAGCAUCGCCCGCCCCGGUGCAGACUCCGCCUCGCCCCGCUUCGGGUGGCAGUAACCAGGCCGAGGGACAGCGCGGCGUGCCAGCCGCCCCGUGGAGCGCAAACGUUGGUCGGCCCACGUCGCCCGGGGCUGUUAGCGAUUGGGGCUCGGUCUCUGAGGGCCCGUGGGGCAACGACGGCCAUGCGCCCGCUGCUUCCAUGCGCGGCAAGGCUCCCAUGCAGGCUCCCAGGCAGGCUCCUCGUGCUGGAGCGGGUAACGUAUGGGCUAUGAGUCCUCAGUACGGUAUUGCUGGACCGUCUCGCGGCGCGCCGGCUCCACGUCCUACGUCCCCUGGGUCCGUGAGCGAGUGGGGUGCUGUCUCGGAGGGCCCGUGGGGGUCGAACGAGGACAGAGGGUAUGACAUGGAGGAGCCCGGCAUGCGCACCCCGCCUGCGGGACGGAGCUGGGCAGACGAGAUGGAUGCUGUGGAUACGAUGGACGCGCGUUCGGAGGCGGAUGAGUGGGACGCCGUGUCUGCGGGCCCGUGGUGA